AUGGCAGCCGACCAAAUCGGCAUACACAUACACAUAUCUAUCUAUCUAUCUAUCUAUCUAUCUAUCUAUGUGAUUCUGUUCGUAUCUAUCUAUCUAUCUAUCUAUCUAUAUCUAUCUAUCUCUUUCUCUCUCUCUGUCUCGUCUGUGGGAAAUGAAGACCUUAAAUUCUUGGUGCGGUGUUUGAAACACUACCAAACUUCACACUGGGCUGGUGUAUAUUUUUAUCUAUCUUUCUAUCUAUCUAUCUAUCUAUCUAUCUAUCUAUGUCAGUCUGUUUCUAUCUAUCUGUCUAUCCAUGUAUCUAUUUCAUCUAUUAAUAUCUAUCUAUCUAUCUAUCUAUCUUUCCAUCUAUCUAUGUAUCUAUCUACGUCAUCUAUUAAUACCUAUCUAUCUAUCUAUCUAUCUAUCUAUCUAUCUAUCUAUCUAUCUAUCUAUGUCAGUCUGUUUCUGUCUGUCAGUCUAUCCAUCUAUCUAUUUCAUCUAUACAUAUCUAUCUAUCUAUCUAUCUAUCUCCGGCUUGUGAUUGUACAUACGGCAACUGGAAUUCCACCUGCACCGGGUUUCACUUGA